GGUAUAUGUGUUCACUGAGGCCGGUGAGCAGUCCUCCUUUUCCAAGAUGUCGGUGUACGGGCCAGUGGUGAAAAUUCACCCAGUUGUUCUCGCUUCUAUCUGCGACUCGUACGAGCGGAGAAAUGAGGGAGCGAGUCGUGUGAUCGGGACCUUGUUGGGUACAAUUGACAAGCACUCCAUUGAGGUGACCAACUGCUUCUCUGUGCCCCACAAUGAGUCUGAAGAUGAGGUUGCUGUGGACAUGGAGUUCGCCAAGAACAUGUAUGAGCUCCACAAGAGGGUGUCACCCACUGAGGUCAUCGUUGGAUGGUACGCCACAGGCUUUGACAUCACAGAACACUCAGUGCUCAUCCACGAGUACUACAGCCGUGAGGCCACCAACCCCAUUCACCUGACAAUGGACACAGCACUGCAGAGUGGCAAGAUGAACAUCCGUGCCUACGUCAGUGCGCAGAUGGGUGUGCCAGGAAAGACCGUUGGUGUGAUGUUCACCCCCCUGACUGUCAAGUAUGUCUACUAUGACACAGAGAGGAUAGGCGUUGACCUUCUGCAGAGGACACGUCUCCUUCCCAGUCGCACCAAGGGGCUAACCUCUGAUCUGUCCCAGGUGGCUGGCUCUGCUGCCAGGGUGCAGGAUAUGCUGACAACAGUGCUUGCAUACAUUGAUGAUGUGCUGUCUGGCAAAGUGACAGCAGAUAACAGCGUGGGCCGCUUUCUGAUGGACCUGGUUAAUAAGGUUCCCACCAUCUCAGCCGAGGACUUUGAAAACAUGCUCAAUUCCAACAUCAACGACCUGUUGAUGGUGACCUACCUGUCUAACCUCACCCAAGCACAGAUUGCUCUUAAUGAGAAGCUGGUCCUGCUCUGAGGGAAUUUCAUUGAAGUGAUUCAUAUUUAAUUUUUGUACACUUUUUUUUUUUUUUUUUUUUUGACUGAGAUGAAUAAAGAUGUUAAACAGUCA